AUGGAUACCAAAACGUUAAUAAAGAAGCAAUUCACGGCGCAGAAGCUAGUGUUCCACUUCAUCUUCUGGGGUGCCCACUGGGGUGUUUUCGCUUAUGGAUGGUAUAAGCAGGCGGCUGACCCACGGUUGGCUCCUCUGAACCUACUGCAGUUCUCCGUCUGGAUCUCUCGAGGUGCUGGGUUUGUUCUCAGUUUCGACUGCAUGCUUAUCUUGCUGCCCGUGUGCCGUACGAUUAUGCGAUGGAUCCGCCCCAAGGUUCGAUGGCUGCCCUUCGAUGAGAAUCUGUGGUUCCACCGUCAGCUUGCCUACGCCACCCUCCUCUUCACUAUAAUUCACACCGCCGCUCAUUAUGUCAACUUCUUCAACGUCGAGAGAACCCAGCUUCGUCCAGGUUUCGCACUUGAUAUCCACUACAAGCAAGCCGGUGGUAUUACUGGCCACGUCAUGCUCUUCUGCAUGCUUCUCAUGUACACCACUGCCCACGUUAAGAUUCGACAACAGUGCUUCGAAGCCUUCUGGUACACUCAUCACUUGUUUAUCCCGUUCUUCCUCGGCCUGUACACCCACACCGUCGGCUGCUUUGUCCGCGACACAGCUGAUCCCAUUUCUCCAUUCGCCGGAGAUGAGUAUUGGAAGCACUGCAUUGGUUAUCUCGGCUGGCGAUGGGAACUCUGGACUGGUGGUCUCUACCUCAUUGAGCGGCUUUACCGCGAGGUUCGUGCUCGCCGCGAGACCAAGAUCACCCGUGUCGUCCGACACCCUUAUGAUGUCGUUGAGAUCCAGUUCGCGAAGCCUUCGUUCAAGUACAAGGCUGGUCAGUGGCUCUUCCUUCAAGUCCCGGCCAUCUCCAAGUAUCAGUGGCAUCCGUUUACCAUCACUUCGUGCCCCUACGACCCCUACGUCUCCGUACACGUUCGGCAAGUUGGAGAUUUCACCCGCGCCCUCGGUGAUGCUGUUGGUGCCGGUUCCGCCCAAGCUAAGCUUUACGAUGGCGUCGACCCUCUUGGCAUGUACGAAGUUGCCCUUCAGAACGGCCAGCAGAUGCCCAGCCUCCGAAUCGACGGACCCUAUGGUGCCCCCGCUGAGGAUGUGUUUGACAAUGAAAUUGCGGUGCUGAUCGGUACUGGUAUCGGUGUUACCCCCUGGGCUUCCAUCUUGAAAAAUAUUUGGCAUCUCCGCAACGGUCCCAACCCACCCACCAGGUUGCGGCGUGUUGAGUUUAUUUGGGUCUGCAAGGAUACUGGGUCCUUCGAGUGGUUCCAGACUCUCCUCUCCUCUCUCGAGGCUCAAAGUAAUGAGGCCGCCCGCAUUCCCGGUAGCAGUGGCGUGGAGUUCCUCAAGAUCCACACCUACCUCACCCAGAAGCUCGAUAUGGACACGACGCAAAACAUCGUGCUCAACUCCGUCGGUGCUGAUCUCGAUCCUCUGACUGAACUCAAGUCGCGCACGAACUUCGGUCGCCCCAACUUCCCCAAGAUCUUUGAGAUGAUGCGUGAUGGUAUCCUUGACCGGACUUACAUCAACGGCCUCGAGAGCAUGCGCACCACGGUCGGUGUCUACUUCUGUGGUCCCUCCGCAGCUGCCCGCGAUAUCAAAAAGGCGUGCAAGCAGGCCACCGUCAGCGAGGUCCUCUUCCGAUUCUGGAAAGAACAUUUCUAG